UGAGGCGCGUUCACGGGCUAUUUAAAAGCGCGCGCACAGGAUUCUCUCCGGUCCGUCAGCGGCUCUCAAACACACCGAAGUCCUUCAGCCAGUCCAGCCGGGACAGACGCGCAGCAUGGCGGCCAAGAGAGUCUGCAUUAUCGGCUCUGGCAACUGGGGUUCUGCAAUUGCCAAGAUAGUGGGCGCCAAUGCAGCAAAAUACAACACGUUUGACAGCACAGUGAACAUGUGGGUGUUUGAGGAGAUGAUCAAUGGACGCAAACUUACCGAAAUCAUCAACACCGAACACGAGAACGUCAAAUACCUGCCCGGACACAAGCUGCCGCCUAAUGUGGUGGCGGUUCCAGAGCUGUUGGAUGCAGUGAAGGGUGCAGAUAUCCUCAUCUUUGUCAUCCCACACCAGUUUGUGUCCCGAGUCUGUGACACCAUCAAGGGUCACAUCAAGACGGAUGCUGUGGGAAUGUCCCUCAUUAAGGGUGUGGAUGAGGGUCCUGACGGACUGAAACUGAUCUCUGAUGUCAUUAGGGAAAAACUAGGCAUCACCAUGACCGUGCUGAUGGGAGCCAAUCUGGCCAAUGAGGUCGCUGACGAGAAAUUCUGUGAAACUACAAUCGGAUGUAAAAGCAAAGCUCACGGUCCUCUGUUAAAGGAACUGAUGCAAACACAAAACUUCCGUGUGACGGUGGUGGAGGAGGCUGAUGUUGUGGAGAUCUGUGGAGCGUUAAAGAACAUUGUCGCUGUGGGCGCUGGUUUCUGUGACGGUCUGAACUUUGGUGACAACACCAAGGCCGCCGUGAUCCGCCUGGGUUUGAUGGAGAUGAUCGCCUUCGCUCGGUUAUUCUGCACGGCCAGUCCGGUUUCUCCCGCCACGUUUCUGGAGAGCUGCGGCGUCGCUGACCUCAUCACCACCUGCUACGGAGGACGCAACCGCAAGAUCGGAGAAGCGUUCGCAAAAACGGGAAAAUCUAUCGAGGAGCUUGAGAAGGAAAUGCUGAACGGCCAGAAACUUCAAGGUCCGGCAACCGCAGCAGAAGUCCAUCAGAUCCUCAAACACAAAAACCUGGUGGAAAAGUUUCCUCUGUUUAAUGCAGUUUAUCAGAUCUGUUUCCAGGGCCAUCCGGUCAAAGAGUUCGUCACCUGCCUACAGAAUCAUCCAGAACACAUGUAAAUGUCCAUUAUGGCUUUUUUAGUUGUUUUUUCAAUAACACCAUAAAAGAGUUUUGUGACUAAAUGUUGUAAAUGAUUGGUACAUAACAUUUUAUUUUUGGCUAAAAAGCAUUGUAAAGGAAGUUCGUCCUGUUUUAAAGUCCUACACUCUUGCAAAGUAUUUUUAACAUUUCAGAUUCUGUAAUUUUGCAGCCAAUAAUGAGAAAGUGCCUUAAAGCUGAGCCCUCAAAAACUUAUUUUCUUCUUUUCUGGAAAACAGAAAGAAUUUCAUGCACUAUGUGUUCAUGUAAGAAGUGCCAUAAAAACAUAAUUCAUUCACA